AUGACAAAUACGUCUGAUUACGACGACCCUCGAAAACUACAAUCGCAGGACGGUCGCUAUUUCGACAACCCCGCAAGUCCUGAUCCCACCAAAAUGUGGCAACAUGCCAAUUUCGACCAGUUUUACAACGAUAGGUUCCAAUACACCCUGUUUCUUCCUCGAUACCACGACCAAAGUCAAAGCCAAAACCCACAAACUCAAAGCCAAAACAACCAUGAUCAAAGCAUAAACCACGACCAGCACAGAAUCGACCCAAGAAACCAAAAUUUACUCCCACAUAACCCCCACUCCAUCCCCCACAUCUACAACGGAUCCUCCCUCCACGUUCCGAUGCAAAACCAACGACGAUUCGCCCCAGAACAGCCCGAGACAGUGUCGUUUGUGUCUGGGCUUCCCUCCGCAACCAUCAACUAUGUCUCGAAAGAAUCGUCUCCCGAUGACUUUCUCACCUACUUUGACUUUUCUGCCCACGACUCCACCCCAGCUACCCCCAAGGACCACGAUUUGGCGCCUCCAAAUAACCCAAAACCAAAGGAAUCCCUCCACGUCCGUGCCUCCAAACCGCCCGUGAUACCCAAGAAAAAACCCACUUUCAUCCCGUUAGACAAUCUAGACAACAAAUUGUUGCUGAAAUUCAAAGAACCCUUGGCUUCGUCCCAUUCAGAUUCCAGCUUCGACGUGGACGACCACCUUCGCAUCCAAGAUCCCGAUUUGGAGGGGUUUCCAGGAGACGACUACAGGCUCCAUCAGUUUCAAACAGACACUACACCUCUCAUGAAACCUCCUACAUCCAUCCAGAACGACUACUUUGACUUUUACGAUACCGGCUUGGAGCGCAAGAGCACAAAUUCGUCCAAAGAUAUGGCUAACAAUACCGGUUCCGAUCAGGAAUUCGCCCAGUUUGUUCCUGAACCAGAACUAGAGCCACUUCCCUUCCAUCCUCCGGAAUAUCAUCCCGAUCCAUUCGACGUCGAACCGGUGCCGCUCGCCAAACUGUACAUAUCUCACCUCGACAUCGAAAGACCAACGUUCCACCGCACCGAUUCGAACCAGAGCAACGCUUCGAUAUCUUCCAUCGGUUCCAACAAAGACGCUAUCAAGAAGAAAAAACCGGGGAAAGGUUCGGUUUGUGUGAUUUGUGAAAAAUUCAUCUCAAGAGACCUUACGAGGCACAUGCGUAUCCACGACGAAGUUGGCCGUUUCAAGUGUGUCUACCCGCGCUCUACGUGCUCACACAAAACUGGAAAGUUUAAUCGCCCCUACGACUACAAAAAGCACCUUCUUCGUGCUCACUUCAAAUUCGAUAAUCCGCGCGGCCGAAGUCAUAGUACUCUCACCGACAUGAUUCCACUCGAUGGCCUGUGUGCAGCGUGUGGGGCCCGGUUCCUGGCCCAGGACUGGCUAAAUGACCAUGUUUUGGGUGGUACUCAUCGCUGCCCGGGCCUCGUACGAGGCGAUCAAUAG